AGUAUACAGAGAAGGCAUUGUCUUAGAGAGAAAGUGCUCAAACAAACUGAGUGAAGGAAAUAAAUUGAAGAGAGGUGCAGUAGAGUCUCCCAAUUGAACAGUAAAAAAGCCUAACCACUGAAUAACAUGAACAACAAUGAUGCGUUGAAUUGUUGUGUUGUGACAAUCAAUCCAGCCGCUGCAGGGUAUGGGGUGUACGAGCAGUUCAAGGUACGUAGGGUUGGCUGUUGGCAGAGCAACGAGUGCGCGAUUUGCGGGGAGGAGUUCACCUCCGGGCAGGCGCUCGGCGGGCACAUGAGGAGGCACAGGGCGAGCAACGCCGAGAACCAGACGGCGACGGGGGUGGUGACGGCGACGGCGGCGGGUAUUGUGGACACGAGCGCCGCGGUUAAUUAUGAGGAUUUGAAUAACCAGCAGAAGAAUCAUGUGUUGUCGCUGGAUCUUAAUUUGCCGGCGCCGGAAGAUCUCGACUCCCACCAACAUCACCGUGCGGAGCAGUCUCCGUCCAAGUUCCAGUUCGCGUCGAAACAAUCGACGAAGGCGAUGAUGUUCUCGGCUCCGGCGUUGGUCGGGUGCCACUACUGAUCGGAAACAGAAGAGAGAAGGAAGAUGAGGUCUGAUGCGGGAUUAGGGUGGGUUUGAAUUUUAAUUUAUUUUAUUAUUUUCAGUAUAAAUUUACCUUUUUGCCCUUAAUGAAUUUUAUUGUUAUUA